AUGUUGUUUAAUCCUAUACUUGAACAAGUAGAAAGAAAUCAAUAUUUUGCCUCCAAUUUACUCUCGAGAUAUGGUACAGGAGAAAUUGGCAUUUUGUUACUUUCAGAAAUGGCUUUUACAGAUAUUUUUUGUUGCGAGGAUCAUAUAAGACCAUAUUUAGAAGAUGCAGAAACUGGCACCACAGUUCAAUGGGCAAGUUUCCAAGGAAAUCCAGAUAAAUAUUACAACAGUAUUUGUUUAGCUGAUCGAUUUGAUGAACUUAUUACAACAUAUCAAAUAACACAUUUAUAUGAGACUGAUGGGAAUUGGGCUGAGGAAGGCCCAGGAUUCAAAUCAAUACACAUACCUAUAUUAGGAAAGCUAUUAUUGAAGGUGGGCUUAGCAAUUUGCAUGGAUCUGAGCCCUUAUAGAUUCCUGGCUCCCUCGUCUGAAUUUGAAUUAGCUCAUCUUCAUCUACAAGAAAAAAAUAUUGGUGUUAAUGGUGAGGCUUUACAACAAAAUGAUGGUGCUAAUAAUACUAGAGAAUCUGAAAAUGAUAAAGUGUUGUUCGUCAUGUGUAAUUGUACUGGAACUGAAAAUGUAGCAUUAUCACCAAACACUUCAGUUGAAUUAUUAGGAUGGUUGGAACUUUCUUCACUUUUCCAGAGCACAAAAACCCAACAAAAGGAAAAAAUCAGACAAUUUAUGGCCUUUACAAGUGCAAGUGAAAAAGUUUCUCAAAAAAAAUUAAAAGAAUUCAAUUGGAAUGUCGAAGUAGCCGUAGACGAUUAUUUUAAUAAUCAACCUAGCACCACCUCUUGGAGAGGCUUAUCAACAUCUCAAAGUUCAAGUCCUGGAAUAGAUUUAAGAAAACUUGAAGAUGUAUUUAACAAGUACAUAGAUAGGGAAGAAGGCAAUGAUAGGGAUAGAAAAGGAGUAAUUUCAGUGGAUGGAGUAAUAAAAUAUUGUAAUGAUUUGGGAGUUGACCCUGAAGAUGUUGUUAUGUUGGUCAUGGCUUGGCAUCUUAAAGCAGAAAAAAUCGGUGAAUUUAAAUAUGAAGGAUUUAUUGAGGGUUGGUCAAAACUAAGAUGUGAUACACUUUUAAAGAUGCGAGCAGCCAUACCUAGUCUUAGACAAACCCUGAAUGAUGAUAGUAAAUUUAAAGAAAUUUAUCAAUUUACUUUUAAAUUUGGAUUAGGAGAAAAUCAAAAAUCUUUGAGCCUUGAUGUAGCAACUGAAUUCUGGAAAUUAUUAUUGAGAGAUCAUUGGCCACUUCUUGAUAUCUGGAUAGAAUUUGUCAAGGAAAAACAUGGUAAAGCAAUAUCAAAAGACACUUGGAAUUUGCUGCUGGAAUUUGUCAGACAAAUCAAUGAGGAUUUAAAUAAUUAUGAUACAGAGGGAGCUUGGCCAGUUCUCAUUGAUGAGUUUGUAGAAUAUGCCAGAGAGAAAUUGAAGAUAUCAGCUCCUCCAGUUCUUUAA